AUGCAGCAAAUCAAUAAGGAGGAUAGCAUCAGAUUACUUGAUUUUUGCAGAACCAAAAAUCUGAAAAUAGAGAACACCUUUUUCAACCAUAACGAGAUGAACACGCUUACUUUCGUGAGAGCAAAUCAAAAAUCUCAAAUAGAUUUUUUCAUAUCAAAUAUCCAUGAAUGGUUCGAGGAUGUUAAAGUGUCCACGAACAUCAAAUUAUCAGAUCAUAGAUUGGUAGUCGCAAAGAUGUUUGUAAAAAAUAUAUGGAAAUAUCAUCACAAAAAUAGCCCAAAUACACCAGGCUACAGAGUAAACUCUCUUAAACCCAUACUUCCAAGAAAACAAAUAAAGGCACAAUCACACGAAAAUCUACAAAUACUAGACCAAGCGUUAACCAGGAAAAGAGACAUUAAGGAAUGGCUAACAAACGAGACAGUAAUCAAAAUAAAUCAACUCAGAGAAGGAAAUAUUUUAAACAAAGACUUAUGGAAGGACAUACAAAAACGUUUGAGGAGUGAUAGAAGGACAUACAUUGCUAAGAAAGCUUUUGAAAUAGAUAAAGAUAUGAAGGAAAAUAGAAUAUAUGAUGCAUAUAACAAACUGAACUAUUUUUGUAAACCCUACAGUUUUAAAAAACUCCCAUCUCUAGUUCUAAAAAACGGAAAACAAAUUGUAGAUCAAGAUGAACAAUUAGCUUUAUGGGUAGAUUAUUAUAUGAAGAUCUUUGACUCAAGAAAAGCUUUCUGCCAAACAAGCACAAGCGUACGCUCAAUCCCGCCUCCGUCUGGUUUUUCCACCGAUGAAAUUAAGAAAGCUAUCACUAAACUAAGUAAUAAUAAAGCUCCUGGGCUUGACGGAAUAACUGCCGAACAUCUAAAAAGUGCAUCAAACACUAUAUCCUCCUAUCUAUUACCCCUCUUAAACAAAAUCUGGGAUAGUGACGAAACUCCUAAAGAAUGGAAUAUAUCUUUAUUAUGA